GCCGGCGUCGCCGUCAAGCUCGGGCGCCGCGCUGCACACCCCGGAGUGUGGAGCGCCCCGGGCCGUGGGUGCAGCGAGCCUCGCAGGCCGUGUGGCCAGCAUCACCCGCCGCGUUUGCUGCGACCCCAGCCUUGCAGUCGCCUCGCCACCAGUGCUUUGGAUCAAACCCAAGACUUGAGCAUGUUAGGCAAGCACUUCUGAUAUUGUUUUUAUAGUUUAGCAGAUUCUUUUUCGACUAGUUAAAAAUAUGGAGCCAGAAACCGAGGGGCCACCACCAACAGUCCAAGUGACACCUCUUCAGCAAAUGAUUGCCUCCUGUACUGGAGCUAUAUUGACAUCACUAAUGGUGACACCCCUGGAUGUUAUUAAGAUUCGACUCCAAGUCCAGAACAACCCAUUCCCCAAAGGAAAGUGUUUUGUGUACAGUAACGGACUCAUGGACCAUAUGUGUGUCUGUGACAAUGGAAGCAAGAAAGCAUGGUAUAAGAAGCCAGGGAAUUUCCAGGGAACGUUGGAUGCCUUUUUAAAAAUUCUUCGAAAUGAGGGCAUUAAAUCCCUUUGGAGUGGCCUGCCUCCUACUCUAGUGAUGGCAAUUCCUGCCACAGUUAUUUAUUUUACCUGCUAUGAACAAUUAAGUGCUUUUUUGAGAACUAAAUUAGGAGAAAAUGAAACCCGAAUACCAAUAGUUGCUGGGAUUGUUGCCAGAUUUGGUGCAGUAACAGUGAUAAGUCCAUUAGAACUGAUCAGAACUAAGAUGCAGUCUAAGAAGUUUUCUUACAAGGAACUACAUGGAUUUGUGAGCGGGAAAGUGUCUGAAGAAGGUUGGAUUUCCCUCUGGAAGGGCUGGGCUCCAACUCUACUUAGAGACGUGCCUUUCUCAGCAAUGUACUGGUAUAACUAUGAGAUUUUAAAGAACUGGUUGUGUGAGAAAUCUGGUUUAUAUGAACCGACAUUUAUGAUCAACUUUACUUCAGGGGCAUUGUCUGGUUCUUUUGCAGCUGUUGCAACUUUACCCUUUGACGUGGUGAAAACACAGAAACAGACACAGCUUUGGACGUAUGAGAGUGGUAAAGUUCCUGUGCCUUUGCGUUUGUCAACCUGGGCUAUAAUGAAGAACAUUAUUGCUGAAAAUGGAUUUUCUGGGUUGUUUACAGGUCUGAUUCCUCGAUUAGUUAAAAUUGCUCCUGCUUGUGCCAUUAUGAUCAGCACAUAUGAACUUGGAAAGGCUUUUUUCCAGAAACAAAAUAUUGAAAGGCAGUAAUUCUCUUGAUGGACUUUUGUCUUAAAAUAUCAACUAGAGCCAAAUGAGAUGAAGAUUGAUAAGCAAGCUGUUUUUUUUUUCAACAUUAUUCUCUUACAGUGUGACUUUAUCUGUCUUCCCUAUAAUUUAAGUGAAUAAUAAUUUCUAAUCUACCUCUAAGCCAUAAUCCUAGUUUUAAUUUUUUGAGAUUUUUAAAACAUAAUCCAGAAGCUGUUAAUGCUGUGAAUGUGGCGGCACAUCAGAACAUUUAGAUGGUGUACUGAAUGAUGCAGUCUAGAGAAUUAAGUUCAGUCUCACGCACAGCAGAGAGUGGAAGGAGUUGUCAAGUGGCAGAGUUCACCUUCCCCAGAUGGUGGCUGGUAACCCCUUCAUUCAGGUGCAUGGUGUUCCCUCACUCUUGUUACUGCUGCCCUAAGGCCUCGUGGAGCUUGGACUUUCCCUGAUGAAAGCUGCAGCCACUUUAUCUGUAUGAACCAAAGUACAAUCAUUUACAGGAUGUGGCUCCACAUUUAAGACUAAUUCACUCAAAUUUGGGUCUGCAGUCGAAAACCCUGCUGUACUUAGACUAGUGAAAAUAAAUAGUUUUGGGCAUGGGAAUGUGCUUUUUACCUAGCUUGUCUUCCAAGUGUCAUUGCUUGUAGAGUUCUUUAGGUCAGUUCUACAACUUUUUCCAAUAAAAUCAACAUACGAAAAGGCCAAAAUAUAAAAUGAUCCAAAAAUGUCAACUCUUUAUGUGAUGUCCCCAAAUAAUGCUUCUACAAGUGGAAAAUCCUGUACCUUCCCUUGGGUGAUAGCAUACAGAAUGUAGGCACAUAGAAACAUUAUAUAAAUUGCCUUCAGGCUGUUUGUAUAAAUUGUACAUGACAUAUAUGAAUAUAUUUAUCACUAAGUAGGAAUGAGGUUUUUGAAAAGUAGAUUUGUUUUUUUUGUGUAUAUCUAUGUAUAUAUGAAGAUCAGAGGAAAACUGUCAGGAGUUGGCUCUCACCUCCCAUCAUGUGGGUCUUGGGAUUUGAACUGAGGUCCUCAGGCUUAGCAGCAAGUGCCUUUACCCACUGAGCCAUCUUAAUGGCCCAGGAAUGAGAUUUUUUUUUUUUUUUGGUUUUUGGAGACAGGGUUUCUCUGUGUAGCUUUGCGCCUUUCCUGGAACUCACUUGGUAGCCCAGGCUGGCCUCGAACUCACAGAGAUCCGCCUGUCUCUGCCUCCCGAGUGCUGGGCAGGAAUGAGAUUUUUAAGUAUGAUUGAAAUGUAGCUCAGGGGUAGAAGAACACUUGCCUUUGGAAUGUGAAACUCUUCUGUUUGAUCUCCAGCACAGAUGAUAAAUAAUUUAUUGAUAAAUAAGGUGGCAAAGCAAGAAAUGCUAUUCUGUUUUACUUAUCCCAGUAAAGCAGAAAGCAUGUUAUUACAUUGUUUGCAUCCUAUGAAAUAUGAAGUCUCUCCUCCCUGCCCCAACAGCAUAAUGUAUUUGGUAACAGUGAUCUCUAGUGUUGGUAGGAGAACAAAUGCAUAGUAGAAAGUGUUUGUAUGUUUCAUCAGAAAUAAAUGAUACAGGGUUUAUUGUAUCAUGGUGUUUUACAUUACAAUCCUGUGUUGAUUUACAUUAAAAGUUUAAUAUAUCUAUAUCUAU